AACAAGCCCCAGGGAGCCUGCGCUGCACAGCGGUUCCGCCGACCCAAGCAGGCAGCAAGUAUGGAGUGUGGGGACCAAGACCGGGCAGGACCUCGGCUCCCGGAGCUAAGGAGGGGUGGGGGCGUUCGCAGCCGCCGGGUCGGGCCGGGCCGUGGCUCUGCGUCUGGCCAGCUGGGCUGUUGACUCUUUCCCCCUCUCCCCAUCGAGGACCCUCCCUCCUGUCAGCUGCCCCCAAGGCUCUGCUCCCUACGACCAUCGAGGCCCCGAAGGGGAAGAGCCAGCUGUCUGGUGGGAGAUGCCGACUAUCGGGAACCGCAGACAUGGGGGCACAAUGAAGGUGCCCCGGGGUCACCUAGAGGUCUCUAUGUGGCGCCCAGCCUGCCAGGGCCUGAGACCCACUCCGGGGUCUCUGCAUUUCCUCGGUUCAAACACAGCAGCCGGUAGGGCAGGAGAGACAGUUCCUGCAACUGAGUUGAUGAGAAAGUCCCAGUUGCCUGCAGGACUCCGGCAGGGCCGCUGCUCGGGAAAGGGAGUGCGCCUCGGCCGAGCUAAGAGGCUGGGGGUGCGGGACCAAGUCCGACUGCCGGGAGCCCAGCGGGCCGGAGCUGGGGCGCACGGGGCUCCCCAAGGGGCGGUCAGGGCCCCGGGGCCACCUACAGGACGCCCUCUUCCCUCCGCAGGGGGAGGAUGCCGCCGCCGGCGAAGGAGGCCCGGCGCCAGGGCCCGCAGGAGCGAGGCGGGAAGAGCGCACCCGGCGCGGGGCGGGGUUCGGAGGGCACCAAGGCGGAGCCCGCGACGGAGCCCCGAAAGCCGGGCUGGGCCCUGACGCCGCAGGGGCUGGCGGCCUUGCUCCCCGCGCAGCGCCGCCGCCACCUGCUCUUCAGCGACCUCAGGGAGGACGCGGGCGCGGCCGCCUCCACCUUUCAGCGCGCGUCGGUGGAGCCGGGGCACCGCCUGCCCGACCCGCGCCGGUGGACGCAGGCGCUCGAGCUGCCCUCGGAGCGCCAGAACCUGCUCCUGGGCGUCCUCAAGGCGGCAGAGGCCCGCGGGCGAGUCCGCGCCCUGCGGUUGCGCUACACCCGCAUGCGGGCGGAGGAGAUCGAGCUGCUCAUCCAGCAGCAGAAGUCCGCGCGCGCCUCCAUCCGGCUCGAGCUGUUCCUGCCACCACAGCUGAGGCCCACGCGGAUCCCGGACCCCCUGGACCGCCAAGAGCCUGUCCCCCCGCAGCGGAGGCGCGUGGAGGCCAUCCUGGAGGAGAACGUGGACAGCAGCAUCUUCCCGCGGUGACGGCGACCCAGAGCGUGCGACCCGCCCCAACCUCCCACAUAAAGUAAUCGUUCUCCGAA